AUGGAAAGCUGGCAGGGGUCUCCCAUUCUCUCCUCAAAUGACAUCGAAAAGGGGUUGGCGGUUCCAGUUGUUGUUCAAGCAGUACUUGGAAGAACAGGGGAGUACAUGUUAUUCCUUGCCAUAUUGAUGGCGGUAAUGUCAACAGGGUCAGCUGAGGUUAUUGCUGUUGCAUCGCUGAUUGUGUAUGAUGUCUAUCAGCCAUACAUAAAUCCCUUCAGAAAGAAUUUAAAAGAGAGUGAGUGUAUACUUUGUGGUAAAUCCUCCAGGCCUCCAACUGAUAUCUACGAGGAUCGCAAUGUUGCUAUAGAUACAAUUACAGAUAAUGAUAAAAGCAAUCCAUGCUCCUGCAAACCAGUUGUUGAAUGCAGUGGAUGUGCAGAAGACAAAGAAAUGAGAUCUUUAAAGAAAUCUAACCUCGGAGUUAGAAAGCCAUAUAAAUGCAAAGUCCACGGAUUGUACCAACAAUACCAAGAUGAUCUGCUGAAUUUAAAGAAUUGGUGCAUUCUUUGGGUUACGCUUUUCACGAUUCCACUGGUGUUGUUCUCAAAUUGGGUUGGAUUGAACCUAGGAUGGCUUUUCUAUUUCAAUGGAGUGUUGCUAGGUGGUCUUUCCAUCCCCGUGGCUCUCAGCGUCCUCUGGAGCAAGGUAACGGCUGCUGGUAUGAUAUCAGGUGUUCUAUCUGGCUGUCUGUGUGGCAUAACCUUAUGGUUGGGAAUAACGCUUGUGCGAUCUAUUGCGUCCACUUACGAAGGUGGAGUGACUUUGGAGAACACCGGCAAAGAUGUACCCACUCUUGUUGGCAGUGCCGUCUCGUUGGGCUUGAGUGGAUUCGUGUGCGUUGUCGUUUCAUUGUGCACACUAGACAGAAAGAAAUUCAACGAGGAAGAAGAAUGGAACAAGCUGAGGAAUAUAGAAAACCCGCUUCACCCCUGGGCAAUUACAUAUGCACGUGACUUCGGUACAGUUCAUGAUUUGACGUCAAAGUUUGUGCGACCAACAUACGCAGCAAUGAAAUCCCGCUUCCGAAGGUCUCGGAUCACUGCGAUCAUUAUCGGGUUGAGUCUAUUUUUUGGAUUCGUCAUCGUCUGGCCCUGCGCUAUGAUUCCUUUUAAAGUCUUCAACAAGAACGAAUUCCACCACUGGAUAACAUUCUCCAUGGCGUAUGCAUUCGUGGCUGCCGCGUUCAUUAUCAUCGUCCCUCUUGUCCAAGAAAUUUAUUUGAUUUUUGGCAAGAUUAGGAAUAAUCGAAUGAACAGUAGAAAAACCAAGAAGAUGAAUAACCAUAUGAAUACUAACUACAUUCAAGACUGA